AUGGGCAAAAAAUCGGCGCCCAGCACGCCCCUCAAGGCCUCAACGUCCACGACGCCGGCCACGCCCAUCACCGACCCAGCGCUGGUGCAGACCUUCCAGAUGGUCCACGCCUUCCUCCAGGAGCACGCCCCCGCCGUCGCACCUUCCCUCCUCAGCGCCGCGCCCGUAGAGGCCCAGGCGCCCGCCAACGCCGCAAAGGAGAUGGCAAAGCACCUCGUCACCGCCAUCCAGAACAGCCCCAAAAAGGAAUGGGCAUCGCCCUCCACCACCGCAUCAAAGGCCAAGGCCGCCCCGGCGCCAGCACCCGAUGCAGCAUCGCCUUCGUCGUCCGAUGAAUCGGAUGACAGCGGAGACGAGUCCGACAGUGAGAGCAGCGACUCCUCGAGCGACGACGACAGCUCCGACAGCGACAGCUCCGACAGCGACAGCUCCGACGACGACGACGACAACGACGACGACAAGGAGAAGCCAAAGGCCGAAAAGAUGGACGAGGACUCGAGCAGCAGCGACGACUCGUCCGACUCUGACGACAGCUCAUCGUCCUCUUCGUCGUCCUCUUCGUCGUCCUCGUCGUCGUCCUCGUCUGACAGCGACUCGGACUCGGACUCGAGCUCCAGCUCCGAUUCGGACGCCAACGACGCAAAGGAAGUCGAGGCCGCCUCGAUCACCGCCGCCGUCGCACCCGCUUCCCACCACUCUUCCGAGACCUCCGAGACGGUCAAGAACGACGACAGCGAGAGCGACUCGUCGUCGUCGUCGGAUGAGGAAGAGAAGAAGGAGACCAAGAAGGCGGCACCAGCUGCUCCCGCCCCCAACUCCAAGAAGAGGAAGGCAGCAUCCCCAUCCUCGUCGUCGUCGUCCGAGUCCGACAGCGACUCUUCCUCUGACAGCGACAGCGACAGCAGCAGCAGCAGCAGCAGCAGCAGUGACAGCGACAGCGACAGCAGCGACAGUGACAGCAGCGACAGCAGCAGCGGCAGCAGCUCGUCUUCGGACUCGGACUCGGACUCGGACUCGGAUUCGGACUCGAGCAGCAGCUCUGCCUCGUCGGCCGACAAGGCGACGACGCCACCCAACGUCGACCCGGACGCGCACAAGUCCAAGAAGCUCAAGACCGCCGCCGGUGCCGCCGCGGCGCCCGUCGUGGCCGAGUGGCAGCCCAACCCGCUGUACGCCACGCCACCUGCCGGGUCGGGCAAGAAGAAUGGCGGCGGCGGCAGCGGCGGAGCGGCUCGGGGUGGCGCGCAGAACACGCCGUUCCAGCGCGUCAAGGCGGACCAGGUGACGUACCUCGAUGACCGGAUGAAGGACAUGUCGUACGACGCCAAGCCGGGCGCCGGCGACUGGGGCGCAAAGGCCAGCGCCGACCUCAUCGUGACGCGCGGCAAGGGCUUCACCAAGGAGAAGAACAAGAAGAAGCGCGGAAGCUACCGCGGCGGCGAGAUUGAUACCUAUGGCACGCACUCGAUCAAGUUCAGCUACGACGACGAGUGA